AUGUUACCUAGGCCCUUAUCACUCAUAACUCAAAGCUUUUCUCUAAAAAACUUAUCUAGUCCAACAAAUGCUUUAUCUCCAGAUAUUCAAAUAAUAGAGUCUAGUAGAAAGAAUAUUUAUAAAUCUAAAGAAGAUCAAGUCAGAGCCAAACUUACUGAAUACAAAAAUAACCUAUUAUCAAAAUUAGUAAAUAUCAAGUCCUAUAGCUUUCUGGAUUGUAAACAUGACAGUGAACUGGAUAACAGUGAUAUUCUACUACUAGAAAUCUCAAAUGAUCAUUGUUAA